AUGCUUACGAAUGGCCUGGGACCCUUGCGCCCCGCCAGGGGAGGAGGGAGCGCUGCUCCCGCUGCCACUGGGCCUCCUGCUGAUCCCCCUGGAGGGAAUGGCGGCGACCUCCCCACGCAUGCUCAUGAACAAGCGCAUGGCGUUGCGCGUGCCCGAGGUGACGCUGAGGGCCGCCCAGCGAGUGGGGGGGUGAGGGAGCGGGGAGGAGGUGGACGACGCACCAACUCGACCAAAGCGAAGCUGCUGAUCGCGAGUCUCAACAUGAGAGGGUACGGGAGCGAGAGCCGCGAGCACGGGUCGAGCAAAUGGAUGCUACUGAACCAACUGGUGAGAGUGAACAGGAUUGCUGUCCUAGCCCUGCAAGAGGCGCACAUGAAUGAGGAACGACUGAGAACGUUGAACAAGAUCUUCGGAGCUUUUCUCGAAAUAGUGUGCUCCCCAGACCCGGAGAACGAAACGGGGGCAAGGGGGGUUGCUUUUGUAGUUAACAAGAGGCUGAUCGACACCACGGGGCUGACCUCAACGACUGUUAUACCCGGUCGAGCUAUGCUGCUUGACCUGAAAUGGUCAGAAACGAGGAGGCUGCGAGUUCUAAAUGUAUACGGACCGAACGAUGCCUCCGAGAACGCUGCGUUCUGGGAUAGUUUGCGCGAGGCGAGGAUGCCGAGACUCGACAUAAUGGCCGGGGAUUUCAAUGUUGUUGAAGAUGGAAUAGACCGUAUACCAGUUAGAAUGGACGCGCCGAGGGCAGUCAAAGCGCUGGCAGACCUGGUGUCGUGGCUCAACAUGUCAGACGGAUGGAGAGAGGAAAAUCCUCAACUGAAAGGCUUCACAUACAUGCAACCUGCGACAGGCAGCCAGUCCCGUCUAGAUAGAAUAUACAUCCGGAAAGCGAUGAGUAAGGACGCGAAUGGAUGGUGCCUAGACGAGUCUGGAAUACCGACCGACCACAAAAUGGCCCGGGUAUCGCUCGCGGACUACAAAGCCCCAUACAUCGGGAAGGGAAGGUGGGCCAUGCCCACGCACCUGUUGAAUGACGAUGAGAUGAAGAAGGAAAUGAAGAGGCUGGGGGCGGAACUAGUACGAGGGAUAAAUGGCCUGGCAAGACGCACCCCUGAUAACAACCCGCAGACGAUCUAUCAGAAAUUCAAGGAGCAGCUGACCUUGGCGGCGAGGAACCGCGCAAAGGAGAAGAUCCCUAGAAUGCAGAAAAGACUGGACGCACUGAAAAGAGACCUCCACCUGCUCCUGAACCCGACGGCUGACGCCGACGGGGGCGAACCAACUGAAGAUCGACUGCUUGAAACCACCAGAUCGGCGGCAAUCCUGCAGGACCGUAUAGCAAAGCUAGAGAUCAAGCGCUUUGGGUGGACGAGGAGGAGUACCGCUGUGAAGCACUGGGCCCAUAGCGAAACGAUGAGCAAGCAAUGGAUACGUGCAAACACAACGAGA